GAGAGCGCCAAAACGCAACAAGGACACCCACCCAUACACGAUCCCUGUUGUGGGUUAACGUGAACAGGAAAUACUAGCCCCGUAUGACCACAAAUGGAUGUCAAAUAUCACCACACUCGAUCUCAAGGGAACCUCAUACAUAAUUAAGUAAACGUACUAAUCAUUCUCAUGACUAGGACCGUUCCUGCGAGAGAGCUGCUUUUCUGACGUUACGGGUGCAAUAUUGAUACGUGUUUACUACCAACAUGGAACUAGAGGAAACAGACGCCAAAGGUUCCAUGCUCAUGCUCCCUGAUAGUUCUCUGAAACGAGGCUGGCGGAAGCAGAAGGACGGAAGGGAGACAACCGCAGAUGACACAAAAUGUGGGAUUGGAGUUUGCACACCAAAUUGUAUUCAAUGUUGCGGCUCAAUGGCUGCUUUUACGGCAGUUUACAGUUUUUCAGGACUGCUCACGACUGCCUUGCAAGUCUAUAUAUCCUCCCAAAUCACAGCCCUUGAGCGUCAUUUUGGCUUCAGCAGCUCCGUCAGUGGUUUUCUUAUAAGUUGCAAUGAGAUAGGAUUCGUGUUGGUCACUGUCGUUAUGAGUUAUUUCAUUCGGAGACUGCACAUCCCCCGAUUGUUGUCCCUGACAACUUUGUUCUACGGCAUUGCGGGUUUGAUAUGCGUUAUACCAUUUAUAUUAACACGCGAUUUAAUAAAUCCUGCAAGUGACUCAAACAUCACGUCUGUCUUUCAAACUGGACCACUGUGUCAUCUGGAGGUCACCGUUGCCCCGACGUCUCCGGCAAAUUCAACGGGGAAAGCCGAGUGCAGCGAUACCAAGUUUUCGUAUGUACAGGACGAGACGAUGAAGAAGAUCUCCAUUGCUCUCUUCGCCCUGGGGAUGCUUAUCCAAGGUGUCGGUAAAGCCCCUAGGGCUCCAGGGCUCACGACGUACGUUGAUGAUAAUGUUCCGAAAACCAAAACAGCCAUGUACAUGGGUUUCAUCAUGGGGACUUCAAUCUGUGCCAUGGCCAUAGCCUUCGGUGUCGGAGGAGUGUUCAGCAAGAUGUUCAUCACAUUACAAGCAACGAACAUAACUCCGACGCAUCCUCGGUGGCUCGGGGCAUGGUGGCUGGGAUUCCUGGUGUUCGGGAUGCUGUCAAUCAUCUUCUCCUUCCCCAUCAUGUGUUUCCCCCGACGGAUGAGGUCAGCUGAAGACAGGGCGGGAACUCAAGGCAAGACACCCAUUAAAGUCACAGGCUUCCUGAGCGCUCUGGUUCGACUCGUUAGCAACCCUAUCUACUUCCCCAUCGUCAUGGGCAACUGUGUCACCCUCUUCAGCAUCGGCGGGAUGAUGGCCUUCAUCCCCAAAUACAUGGAGACACAGUUCACGUUGCCAGCCUGGAAGUCAAACAUGAUCAUUGGUGGUUUAAGCAUAGUUACGAACUGUGCGGGAACAAUCAUUGGCGGGAUUGUGACAUCAAAGAUGAAGUUAUCUCCCUUGACUUGUCUGAAGGUGACAGUGGGAAUUAUCUUCUUCUCCCUUGUUAUACAAACAUCGCUGAACUUCCUAGGUUGCGAGAAUCCCGUCAUUAGCAAAGGAGAGAUGACCCCUCGGAACACUACAAUGUACAUUGGUACACACAAUUCAACCUCGUUUACGAUGACCCCCUCUAGUGGAUGUAACAGUGACUGUGGCUGCACAAACACCAUCUACUUCCCUAUGUGUGGCGCCGACGGUGUCAACUACUUCUCCCCCUGCCACGCCGGCUGCAGCGACUUCAGCAUCAAUCAUACCUACUCCAACUGCUCAUGCGUGGGCGGAAGUAUGAAAACAGCGACACCUGGACUGUGUACUCCGGAAUGCCCUAUGUUCUACGCCUUCGCUGCAGUGACAGUGGUUGGGGGAUUUAUCAUGACAAUGGCGGCGAUGCCAGUUCUUAUUGCUGUCAUAAGAAGUGUCAGCGAGGAAGACAAGCCGGUUGCUGUAGGUUUGGGUGGAUUUUUAUACACGCUUUUAGGCUUCCUACCAGGGCCGAUAUUGUUCGGUUGGUUGAUUGACAAAGCCUGCCUUCACUGGAAUUCCGGAUGUGGAGGGAAAGGCGCAUGCGCACUAUACGACAUAGAGUUGUUCCGGUACCUGGUGAUGGGCAUACCGUCCGUGGCUCGGGUCUUGACUCUUCUCUUGUACACGUUUGCUCUGUGCAUGGCGCUAAGGCCGGACUCGAGAUACCGAAAAUAUGAGGCGGAGCAAGGCACAAAGGAAGAAAAAAUGAAAAUGAAACCAAUAUAGAAAUUUAAUACCAUUCUUAACCUGUUUCAUGUCUUCAUUCCAGAAAGAAGCAUUGCAUCUUGCUAAACUCACUUGGAUAUGCCACCGUUAUUGUUUGUUUAAAAAUAUGUGACUUGUCAGAUGGAAGACAUCAUCAAAUAUCUCGGGAUGUGUCAUGAAAAUCUCACAUUGAUAAGAAUCCUCGAAUAUUUUAACUGUUUACUUACGGAAAGGGAGUGAUACAGUGUUACGUUUCCAAAGACAACUUAGUGGAAAAUUAGUUUAAUUAAUUACAAAUCCCCAUACGGUCUCUACAUGUUAUGGACUUGGACAAAUAUAUUGGGUUUUGGGGUUGCCUUGUGGUAAAGUCGUUUUCUCCCCAAACAGAAGUUCCUGGUUCCAUUUCCCGCACGGACGGAUACUGUGCGUGAAGUUAAUCCUUGGUGAAAUUUAUCAUUGGUGUUCGCACGGUGAUAGCUGACAAUAUCAGCGUACACCAUUCUCACGUACACACAAAUAGUGCAGUUCUACCUCAGUGUCCGGGAGAGAACACUUUGAGUGAGUGAGUAUGGUUUUACGCCGCUUUUAGCAAUAUUCCAGCAAUAUCACGGCGGGGGACACCAGAAAUGGGCUUCACACAUUGUACCCAUGUCGGGAAUCGAACCCGGGUCUUCGGCUUGACGAGCGAACGCUUUAACUACUAGGCUACCCGACUGCCCCGAGAACACCUUGAAGGGCAAGUCGAAAGAGCCAAGCAAUCGUUUGCGGACAAACAGUGAAAACUAUCAUUUUGGUAAAUUCUGAGGCAAAAAUAUUUUAUUCCAGGAUUUCGGAAACAUAUUUUUGAAACUCCAAGCUCCCCUACUUCAUCCUGCGUAACCAGUUUCACCCUCCUGUUGCUCACCAACACAAAGCCACAAACACAAUCUCAUUAAAAUCAGAUUUUAUUGUCGCUACUGCUAAACAAAGAUCUGAGGACGUCCCUUUAGGGGUCACGUCAGAACAAACUUUCAUCCGACCAGUCAGUGCGUCGCUUACCAGAUCA